AUGCCAAAGGUGAAUCGCUGUAUAUUUCCAGAACCUGAGUAUAUUAUUCAACUCGUCAAAUCAGGACAGAGCCAAUCGAUCGUCUACAUCACCACUGGCGCUCGCGCCUAUCAACAACUUUCAAUACCUGAAUUUCAGAGCCCAAAGAUGCGUGCCCGUUCGCACAGUGUCGACGGCUCGUAUGCUCGGGUGGAAAGCACUGCCCUUCUGUCCGAUCCAAUCGAGAUGAUCCAGACUGAACAUGGCCGGGACCUCGACUCUGUAUUGGAACGCGGGAUAGAUGAGUCGACUGGUCUCUCACAGAGUUUCAAUGAGGAUGUCCGAACCAGAAACAGAUGCGUCGCCGCUAUCAUUGUGGGGGCCAUUUUUACUAUCGCAUGCUUCGUCCUCGCUAUACUGAUCUGGAGUGGACACCGGGAUACAAACCUACUCUAUAGAGUCAACCUAUCGAAAUCAGACGUCGAGUGGGGCACAGAAGUCAUAUCGCUUACGAUCACCACCGGCAUCACGAUACUUUUGGAACCUUUGUCUUAUGUCCACGCCGUUUCCCUACGAUGGGCGCUUUACCGAGAAGGCCGCCUACAAUAUAACACGAACCUAAGACUCUUCGCUGCGGCGAACAGAAGCAGACCGAACCAAUGGUAUACGAAUCUAUCGUCUGCUAUAUGUUUGAUUCUCAGCUACGGCGCUACAUCGCUUCUUCUUGUCAAGAAUACCCCGAAAGCUGACACAGAAUGGUCUCCGGAUCAACCUCUAAGCGAUUUCGACUCGACUGCGACGUACGUUAACUCCAUCGCUUUGUUCUGCUUAGGUAUUGGAUUGCUAGGCCAUGUCGUGAUUGCCGCGUGGUGUCUGUGGCCAAGUGCUAGCUAUAUCCCCACGUGGAACUCCGACCCUUUGAAUAACACGUUGGCCGUGCUGAAGGGUAACAUUGAGUCGAGGCCCGGCCGCUGCUUAAUGUCGGCCGCUGAGCGAUGCUCUCCGACUGCACCAACCAAGCCUCGCAUGCUGCAGCCAAGCUUCCAGAGCACUUCAGCAUCUGCUGGCCACUUGACAAUCUUUAUGUGGAUUAUCACGAUCCUCGCCGCUGGUUGGAGUAUUUCAAUGGCACUGGUUGCCAGGAAAUACGCCGUAGAAGGCGGUGGUUAUGGCAGUUCUUGGACAUUGAAAGGCAGCUUUACCUGGACCUACAAGCCCUACGAGAACCUGAAUACAUACCCGAUAAUGAUGAAUCCUGCCGGAUAUUCCACCGGACCGAAUAUCGCUCUUGGAUGGCAGCUUUUCUGCGCAAUCCUCUUCCUUUGCGUUGUCCAGGGUGUACAAACACUUGGCCUACACUGCGCAGAGCUCAUUGUCAACGUUACACGUGACGAGAAAAUCUGGCGCAAAACCAACGCGCACCCAAAUCAUCACAAGGUGCUUCGAAAGCUCAUCGACAAUUCUACGGACGGACAAAGCAUCGGGCGCACUGCCCUCACCACUGCUCUACACAGCUGGGAAUAUGCGAUCCUCUUCUGCUUCAAAACUGCUCUUCCCUGGAUCAUGGGCCAGGCGUUCUCACUUCAAGUAUCAACAUAUGACAAUGACGGUCCACCUAUAAUGGUACAAUUUGCCAUGCUUUACCCUCGCCUGGUCAUAUACACCAUUCUAGCCUUUGUGCUUGCUUUAUUCAUCACCUAUCUAGCUUUCAGAAGACCGCAAGGACCCCAGCCCGCAACGUGGGGCCACAUACAAACACUGGCCGAUCUCAUUGAUGAUUGGAGCCUCGACGGAAACAGGUGUUUCUGGUGGGGGGAUAAAGGCGUCAAUGAUGACAAGAUACGGCAUGCCGGUGCCAGUUCCGACAAGCAAUCCCUUGGAGAGAUGCAGUUGAACGCCCUCUACGCAAACAGAAAAUGA